AUGUCGAGCAAGAAUGGCAAAUUGGACCGAAAGGUGACUGCCUACCCGUCAAAUAUGCGCGAGACAAGUGAACACAACUCAGCGGCUAUUAAAGGGAUAAUGACGGUCCACAAGCGCACAACUUCUUUCUGUAGCCCUAUACAAUUAUUAUCUUACAGAGGUUACAACAUAAAUAUAUGUUACUCUUCUAACGAAUAUUGACAUUAGGCUAUUACCUUAUAAUCUUCAGGCCACACAUUUCAGGUGGUUAGGCAUAUAACCCAGUCAAUCAAGAGCCCAUAACCUUUACAGUCACAUAGGACUGACAUGCUACUAAGUUAUAACCCUCUGGUCGAGCCAGAACCACCAUAAAAAGGAGACAAUGCCCAAAAUUGUGUUAUUUGCAUAUACACAGGUGUCAUGGUAACAUUGAUCUCUCUCAUGACAGUGAGAAAGAAGCCCUUUCAUUUUGAGAGCACUGCUUGAAAGGGGUUUUGAAAUAUAAAUAAGGCCUACUACAAUACAUUUUGAAAAUGGCGUUCUCAGAACGGUUUCCAUCAAAAUUGGCUAUAGGCCUAUCAUAAGAAUUCCUGAAAACAAAUAAUAGCUUUUUGGUCUGAAUUUAAGGUUAUGGUUUGGCAUAAGGUUAGCAGUGUGGUUAAGGUUAGGUUUAAAUUAACAUUUUAAGAAAGAAAUUGUAGAAAUGUAUACACUCACUAACUGUAAGUCACUCUGGAUAAGAGCGUAAAAAAAAAAAGUAAAAAUGUUUAUGACUUUGUGGUUGUGGUAACUAGUGACAACCCUGCAGAACCAUCCCACUGGGCACAGAUGUGAAUUCAACGUUUAUUCCACGUUGGUUCAACGUAAUUUCAUUGAAAUGAUGUGGAAACUAUGUUGAUUCAACCAGUGUGUGCCCAGUGGGUUUUGGGUGUGUAUCAUGGCUGCGGAUCACAGCUGAGAGAUAUAGUGGAACUAGCCUAACCUUGUAAAUUAUAGAAAACAGUAUUUCUACAGAAUUCGCUCAAAUGUUCUUUAAAAGGCAUGAAUUUGACUUCAUGUGGUUGUUACUAGUUACCACAAGCACAAAGUCAAAAUUGGCUAGGCCUGAGUGGCGCAGUGGCCUCCUGAGUGGCGCAGUGGUCUAAGGCACUGCAUCGCUGUGCUAACUGUGCCACUAGAGAUCCUGGUUCGAAUCCAGGCUCUGUCGCAGCCGGCCGCGACCGGGAGACUCAUGGGCGGCGCACAAUUGGCCCAGCGUCGUCCAGGGUAGGGGAGGGAAUGGCCGGCAGGGAUGUAGCUCAGUUGAUAGAGCACGGCGUUUGCAACGCCAGGGUUGUGGGUUCGAUUCCCACGGGGGGCCAGUAUAAAACAAUUAUAAUAAUCUAUUCACUAACUGUAAGUCGCUCUGGAUAAGAGCGUCUGCUAAAUGACUAAAAAUGUAAAAAAAUAAAAUUGUAAAAAUUCAUGAAAACAACAAUUAACUCUUUGGUCUUAAUUUAAGGUUAGGCAUAAGGUUAACAUUGUGGUUAAUAUUAGGGUUAUGGUUAAGUUUAAAAUCAGAUUUUAAGAAGAUAAAUUGUAGAAAUACGCAGGGUAUAGCCAUAAUUAUGAUUUUAUGGCUGUGGUAACUAGUGACAACAGUUUCAUGUUGACGAUGACCUGGCUGUCAAAGCUCGUUGGUCAUUUCAACCACAGGGCUAUUUGGCAAACAUGUUAUGUGCAUGCCAAAUGGAAUCCUAUUCCCUAUUUAGUGCACUACUUUUGACCAGGGCCUAUAGGGCUCACAUAGGGCUCUGGCCAAAAGUAGUGCACUAUAUAGAGAAUAGGAUGCCAUUUGGCAUGCGGGUUUUGCCAGUCCUUAUUCAUCUUUUGUUCUCAUGUGCCCACCCAUUAUUACAUACAGGUUCAUACUCCUCCUUGCGGGCUUAGCUACAAUAACUAUUCUUUAAUUAGGAGUGGUUGGCUGGGUGGGUCUGCAGUAGGCUUGACACGGUCUCGCUGCUUUCAGAGUUAUGCCUCAGUUCUUAAGUUGGUUUAGGACGUACACUGUAUAACAGCUUUAAGUUCUAGUUUAGGUUAAUUACAAGUCACAGUAAACUCAUGGAACCUGAGUGUUUGAAAGACAGAUUAAAGAGUUACUCACAACAGGAGAGUGACAUACAACAAUGUUUCUACCUUUUGUAUAACAGGGACUGGCAAGCUAUAUGGCUCUUCCUAUACCAGGACCCCAAACUAAAAUGUGAGACUGUAAGGUAAAAAAUAUACCAGGCACCAGUGCUAGUCCAUGGACUAGAAAUUGAGAUACACUGAUCUAGAGAAACGUAAUACAAGUGGAGUUGUUAGUUACUCCAAAGCUUGGUUUGACUUUACCAAAGCCUGCAGUUAAUGAUGAUGAUGGACUUGUUAUGUAGGUGGUAUAUCUGAAGGCACAUGAUAGACAUGACAAAGAAUACAGCCCAAAGCUGAGUAUCAGUACAGUGUGUCUCUACUGAGGAACCAGAGAUAAGGGCAUGGGGAGACCUUGGCUGUAUUCAUUAGUGCAAAAUGUAGCAGAACGUGUAGUCCGACCCAGUUUUGGUCAAUUUUUUUCUAUUUGGUGUCUAGUGAAUAUGACCCGGUGACUAGGUUUGAUACCAGACCGACUUAUAAAUGACUAGGCUUUCCUGUGUGAUGAACACAGUCCAGUUGUGGGGGUAGUGUGCUCAGAUAAUGGUGCUUAUAGUUUCAGUCUUAAAGGAGGAAUUCCCCACCCGCUUAUGUUUUUAUUACAAUUCAAGUCUGCACUUCCCGCAAAUCACUUUUGAUGUGUCUGUUGUUGUCUUUGCCCAACUAUGUUCUCUCGGACAACCUCACCUGGGAAUGUUCUCUUUCUCUCUCUCUCUUUCUCUCUCUCUUUUUAACUUUCUUUCUUUCUCUCUCUCCGCCUCUGAAAAACAUCAGCAUAAAGUAUAUUUCUGCCAAGUCUUUACCAUUUGGAAGACCUGACUGAAUUAUGAAGGCUUGAGAAGGAGGAGCAAUCAGUCAAUAUAUUCCGGACACAUUGAUAGUGGAUGGGGUGGGUGAGGUGAUUGGUGUUUUAGCUAAUGCUAUGUCACUGUUAUCCAUGAUAGUAACCAUUGAUGUAUUUUGUUUUGUGAAAAGCAGGUUUUAGUGUCUGUGGCUGUGGUGGAGGCACGUCGCUCUGAUGGGCUAAGGAGACACAAGAGGGAAUGGAUCAUCCCACCACAGAAACUAGAAGAAAAUGUAGACUACACCAAGAAAGAGUUUAUCGCCAAGGUAAUGCCACAUGGCGGAGGUGCAAUUGGUCGCUAGGAGAGCCAUAUAUUUAGAGAGUUAAGCCAACUUUUAGAAUUUAGAAUAUUGUUCUAAUUCUAGACAUUCAGUUACAUAGCAUUGAUUAGAUAUUCCUGAUGUAAUGUUAAUGGGGAGCUAACAUGGCUGCCAUAUAAUGUUGUAGUGUCAUGUAAAUGCAGCAUAAUGCAGAAACCGCAUUUGCCCAACUCUCUAAAUACAUGUCUCUCGUCGCUAGCAAUGUUAAUAUUGCUGUCAUGUUUGUUGUAUUUUGUGUUUGUGUCGACUCACUCCUCUGAUCUGUGUGUCUGUGUUUCAGAUCCGGUCAGAUUCAGAUGAUGGGACUGGUAAUGUGCAGUACUCUCUAAAUGGGGUGGGAGCUUCUAAAUACCCCUUACACCUGUUCACAGUGAACCCUGACACCGGCUUUGUACGCAUCAGUGGUAUCCUGAACCGGGAGAUUAUCGCCAUGUACAAUGUGAGUAUCACACCUACAGCAGAGCCAAAUAACUGCAGAUAUAGCACAGGUAUAUUAGUACUGCUGUAAUGUAUGAUGUCCUUUGGUUUAUGGAUGGAUGGAUGGAUGGAUGGAUAGAUAGAUGGAUAGAUGGAUAGAUGGAUAGAUAGAUAGAUCAUGAAGAUGAUGAUGAUGAUGGUUUCUUCUCUUCAGUUGACAGGCACCGCUAAGUUCACUGAUGGCAGAGAAGCAGAGAAGAACAUUGAUUUGAGGAUCCAAGUUGUGGAUCAAAAUGACAACCCUCCUGUGUUCGGUGAUAUUAAACCAGGAGAGGUGUUCGAGCUCAGCCCAAAAGGCAAGUGUUUGUCAAUAAAUCAAGGACUUCCUCUGGGAAAGUAGUUCGCUCUGUUUUUAAGAGUGUCUGCUAAAUUAUUCAAAUGUAAAAUGUUUACAGCUUCCCCUAGAAAACAGUGAAUGUUCCUACAAUGGGAAUGUGCCAAUGCAAUCCCAAUGUGGUUUCCAGCUAAUGGCAGCAUAGUCUCUCAUGGACAGACAACGUGACACAUAAUCGAGUAGCUGGUGCAAGAUUUUCGUUCUGGGUUGCCAAGAUUAAUGAUAGCAUGACAACAUCCCAUGAAUGUUUUUAAAAUGUCCUGGGGAAAUGUUAUUUGAUGAACAUUAGUAGAGAUAUCAGUGUUGAUGACAGUUUUUUUCUGUGUCUGUAGACACUUUCGUCAUGAAGGUGGCUGCGACAGACGCUGACGAACCAGGGAAUGAGAACUCUCAGAUUGCCUACACCUUAAUUAAUCAGAAGCCUCCAGGAGACGACAUGUUCUACAUCACCAGAGAAGGAGACCUCAAAGUAAAACGGCCCACACUGGACAGAGAGGUACAUACAGCAUCGUCACCCAUAUUUUUGACAGAUAUGUACUGUCAGAAUACAAAAUGCAUGUGAAAGACAGAUAACUCAGUAACUAAUCAGCACGAAUACCAGACCAACAAGCUCUCAUAAACAGUCUAAUUCAUGGUUUCUACCAUAAGGGGGCAGUGUGUACUUUGAUUUAAAAUAACAUUAAACAAUUGUGUUUUUAGUAGACAGAUUGUUAUUAGACACUCAGUUUUUAUCUAUUUUGAUCUGUUUUCUAGGUGCAGGGCUGGUACACGCUGACAGUGAAAGGUACAGAUCUGAACGGUAGACCAGAGGGCAACACCGGCACCGGAACCUUUAGAGUCAACAUCAAGGAUGUGAACGACAACCCUCCCACUCUGGAGAAAGAUGAGGUAUGUAGAACAUUACUCCAUCAGCCUGAUCCCAGAUCUGUAUGUGCUUUACCAACAGCCUACUCCAGCCUGAUCCCAGAUCUGUAUAAUAUAAUUGUCUCAUUGUCUCACGUCAGAUGAUGAGACUCCAUCUCCACUGUUCAUGGAAAUGCGUUGCUUUGUAAUGGUGCCAUCUGUCGUAAGACAAUGAUAACUGGCUAUGCUAGUCAGAGGUGUUGACUAGCACAUACACAGAUCUAGGACCAGGUUAAUAUUACAUUUACAUUUUUGUCAUUUAGCAGACGCUCUUAUCCAGAGCGACUUACAGUUAGUGAGUGCAUACAUUUUCAUAUUACUCCCCCUUUGUAUAGUAUUAGGACAGUAGAGGCUGAUGUAAUGUCUGAUACUCUUUGUGUGGUUCUGCAGUAUGAGGGCAGUAUUGAGGAGAACACAGAGAACGUGGAGGUGAUGAGGUUCAAGGUGGAGGACAGGGACUUGGUGAACACUCCUAACUGGGUGGCUCAGUUUGAAAUCGUCAAGGGCAACGAGGCUGGCUACUUCAGCAUUGAGACAGACCCCAAGACAAACGAGGGAGUUCUGAUGCUCAGGAAGGUACGGCGUGAGCUCUAUCACACUGCACAGUCAUACAUUCACAGAUAUAUUGUAUACACAAACACACACAGAUGCAUAAACCCAAAUGCAUUCAUAGGCUCACCGUUGCACCUACACACACAUUUUCUCCCUUCUUUUUCUGCACUGUUUACAUGUGCCUUUUUGUUUCUUCCAUCCAUUAGGGUGUAGACUAUGAAGACGUCAAAAACCUUGAGCUGGGAAUAGCCGUAGCUAACCAGGCUCCACCCUAUAAUGGUGGAGGAGGAGGAGGAGGGGGUGGAGGAGGAUGGGCUUCAGGAGGAGGGGCAGGAAGUGGGGCAGGAGGAGGAGGAGGAGGAGGAGGAGGAGGAGGAGGAGGAGGAGGAGGAGGAGGAGGAGGAGGAGCAGGUGGAGGAGGUGGAGGAUUGUGGUCUGGUGGUGGAGGUUCUACAUGGAAGACCUACCCAGUGAAGAUCGCUGUGAAGAACCAGCCAGAGGGGCCACGCUUCGACCCCAAGGUCAAGGCUAUCCCCAUCUCAGAGGGAGGAGACUUCAAGAUCAACACGGUGAUCGGCUCCUACCCUGCCAUCGACGGAGACACACGGAUGCCUGCACAGAACGUCAGGUCUGUAGUGGCUCGCAUACACACACUUACACACACACAGCACACAUUAGUCUGAUCUGUUGAGCUCAAAUACACAAACCCCAUCUGAUAUGCAUCAGUUCAAUGCUCAACGUAUGUUUGGACCAAAGCAUUAACCACUGUCCCUGUUUUUCCUGAUGUAGGUAUGCUAAGGGCUCUGACCCAGACAACUGGCUGACCAUUGAUGAGUUGACUGGCGAUAUUAAACUCAAUAAGAUGCCUGACAGAGAGUCCAAGUUCCUGGUCAACGGGACAUACUACGCCAAGAUUCUCUGCAUGACCCAAGGUAAGCUAGUUCAGCCUCUUGGCAGUUAGCUUCUUAGCCUUGACACACAACACCAUGUAUUGAAUGUCAAUGUGUCACGGACAAGAUCUGAACCUGGGUCUCCCACGGGAGAAACCAAAAUCUUAACAGUUAGCGAGUGCAAUAUGAAAUUCCAUCUUGGCCCGAGGGUGACACUGAUUUUGAAGUUACACGGAGGGCUACCUCAUCACAUCUGCUACCUAUGUAUAGGACAUUUUACAUUUACAUUUAUGUCAUUUAGCAGACGCUCUUAUCCAGAGCGACUUACAAAUUGGACUGUUUGUUUAUCCCGUUAAUAAAUCUAUCAGAUCUAUGCAGAAACAGAGGGCUUCUUUUUCUUUAUUCUCCCUGGAUAGUCACCCGUUGAAGUGUCCUGGGGUAAGGAAUGUUUUUGGAUUUAUAAAGGCCUUUUUUCCAUCAGUAGUUGUCACAAAGUUGUCACAUAUGUUAGAUAACAGGCAUAACUCAAGUUGAACUAGUUAGUCUAUAGCCUUCUGUAGCAUUUAUGAAUGAAAUAACAUGAUCUAUUACCACAAUCUAUUCUACAUAGCACAAGAUAAUAUAACAUUAGCCUGAAUCCUAACUUGUAACACUAUCCGUGUUCUGUGGCUCUUCUAAGCACUGACAAUAGAGGAGAGUACCCUCUUGUGUCCUUAUAGCCUUGGAUUAUGCUUAUACUCCAUAAUCCAUACAUCAAGGCUGACCGGAUGUAGCCUGGUCCCAUUGCUGUCCUUGUCAAGCCAAACAUUUCAUGUCAUGUUUGGCAUGACAAUGAGUGACAAGGAGGUGACAUAAAGGUUAAAUAAAUAAUAUAUUUAAAAAAUAAACAUGAUAGCACAAACAGACUGACACUAGAUCUGAUGUGCAGUACUGUAGUCAAGGAUUUGAUUAAUAGAUCUAUAUGAUAGGUUUAUGUUGUGUUAUGUUUCACACCACUCAUAAACUUGUACCUCUGGGCUGUCGAACAAACUGGAGCAGUACAGCUUUACACCAGCAGAGGGAGGAGACCAGCCUCACAGGCAGAUUAGCUGUAGUACUCUGUUUCCACCAACAGGGGGUAGCACCAAAGAUUUGUAUAACUAAACCAAGAUAGACCACAGCCUGUCGUUUCAAACCGGAACAAAUGAGUGAUAGUGGGCAGAACAAGCAAGAAGGUGGGCAGAGCCAAGCACGAGCUAGCGAGAUCCUAUUGGCGCGUUCUAGCACGUAUUUACAGAUUUCCGUUAGGGAAUGCCUACUCUGUGAAGUGUGCGUUUGCAAUAACUCAAUUCGCCUUUGCACUCCUUCUAAACAACGCCAUUUAAAAAAAACUUUGGCAAAGGGUAAAGUCUUCAAAACGUUGUCCACUCUGUUCGUAACAGAUUCGAGUUUUGGGAACAGAAAACUGUAUUGACAUCAAAUGUUUCAUCGAUGUGAAAAUGUGCAGAAUGUUGGCCAAAAUCCAUGUCAUUCCAUUGUCUCCCACUGCCGGCCACUGGGCUCCCUCUCACUACCAUAUUUGGUAGUGAGUGGUAACGCCAAGUGGAUGCUUCACUUUACAUCUGGUGAAAUAUCUGUCUCAUUGUUCUAUCUGUGGUAGCACCCUACAAGCAGGGUUGUUGUAGUACUCUUUAAUCCCAGCAGAGGGGGCUAAAGUGCCACCACUAAACAGGAGUACACAGCUUUCACUCAUAACAAAGAACAAUGUGGAUGACAACUGUCAAAAUCAGAAAUGGGUUGCCUCCUUUAACUAUCACCUUCCCUAUUACUGAGUGUCUGUGUUGUCUCUGUUACUAGUAUUAUAUGUGCCGAAUGUGCAAUACAUGUUACUAAUUUGCUAAACGUAUGAUAUGUUACGAAUUCUAACUAGGUGGCCAGGUGGCUAACGUUAGCUAGGCUAGGCCUUAGGGUUAAGUUUAGGAGUUAGGUUAAAGGGUUAAGAUUAGGGGAAGGGUUAGCUAAAAGGUUUAAGGUUAGGGGAAGGGGAAGUUAACAUGCUAAGUAGUUGCAAAGUAGCUAAAUAAGUAGUUGAAAAGUUGCUAAAAUCAAAAGUUGUGUGUGAUGAGAUUCGAACUCGCAACAAGUGGGAGCAGACCAGUCUCACGAGCAGACGAGCUGUAGUACUCUGUUUCCACCAACAGGGGGUAGCACCGAUGAUUUAUAUAUAUGUCAUUGGGUAGCACCCUACAAGCAGGGUUGUUGUAGUACUCUUUAACCCCAGCAGAGGGGGCUAAAGCACCGUCACUUAACAGGAGUACAAAGCUUUCACUCAUAACAAAUAACAAUGUGGAUGACAACUGUCAAAAUCAGAAAUGGGUUGCCUCCCUGAACUAUCUUCUUCCGUAUUCCUGAGUGUCUGUGUUGUCUCUGUCACUUUGUGACAGCUACUGAUGGAAAAAAGGGCUUUAUAAAACAAGUCCCUCAAUCGAGCAUCUGAUUACCUUUUGUUCAAGCUGGGCUGAAGCGCUUUUGGGUACACUUACUUUCUAUGACUUUAUAAAUACAUUUGAUUGAUUGAUUAACUGACUGACUGAUUGAUUGAUUGUCGCUCUCUUACUCUGUUCAGACAUGCCCUCUAAGACAGCCACGGGUACGGUAGCCAUCCAGGUGGAGGACUUUAACGACCACUGCCCCACGCUGACCAGUAAUGUUCAGACCAUGUGUAUGACAGCCAAUGCUGUUACCGUGACCGCAGUGGACAAGGAUGCGUUCCCCAACGGUGCCCCCUUCACCUUCACCAUCAUCCCAGAGGGAACAGAGGGAGUGUGGGUGGUCGAGCAUCUAAACGGUGAGGGGCCUGGAGCAUGGAGUUCCUACUGAGGGAAUAAGAUGGUGAUAGCACACAAUAAAACCAUUAGGGUUAUUUAGGCUAAUAACCAAGAAGAGCUACACAGAGUGGUAGCAUAGCCAAGCAUAUCACAUCACCUCUUCCUGAUAGUGACACACAGUGACAUGCCUAUUUCCUUAGUCAUAGAGAUCAGUAAGGAAAGUGAUACCGUCCAUGUUGUGGUCCCAGUCCCCAGACAGAUACAGUAUAUCUAUCUGACAAUGUGUCUCAUGUCUGACUGUGUUUAUGUCUAACCUCUGACCCUACAGACACCUCGACCAUCCUGAGGUCCCAAGAUUUGUGGCCGGGCUCCUACGCAGUUGCCAUGGAGAUCCGCGACCAGCAGGGGCACGCGUGUCCCGACCUGCAGAAGCUAAAGGUAGAUGUCUGCACGUGUACAGACAUUGGGAAGGCGUGCGCCACACGAGGAGAUAAGGGCUCUACCGGGGCAGUGCUAGGGCCUGCAGCACUCGGACUGCUCUUCCUGGGUCUGCUGAUGCUACUGCGUGAGUAUGAUUUCAUCAUCUAGAAGAAGAAAAGGAAGAACGCAUUCAGGGAUUUGCAGUGAAACAAAGGAAAUGUACUCCAUAUUUUCAAGACAAAUCUUUUGACCAACUGGGUUCAUCAAUGUCUACAAUAGUGAGAAAAUCAAAGUCAUCAUUGUGACAUGGUUAGAGUUAGAGUUAGUCAUCGAGGGGAUCGUGAUUGCCUGAGCAAGGCACAGAUUCACUGAUCUUAAUCAUAUUAUGAGAAGCUAUUUGGGAUGCAAGGUGAUUUGUAUUGUAGACCAGUGAUUCUGCUCAGAGCCUUGCUCAGUCAGGCCGAUCCUCUUAAAUAUUCUGGUACCAUAGAGAUAGAUAGAGGACUCAUCUUUGUAUCUGUGCCAUUAUAGUGUCUGUGACAGCAUGGGCAGCGCCAUUGAGGCUACAACCCAUAGGAAUCCCCACCCAGUUGACUACUUUAAAAUGGCCGAAGCAUGGUGGAAGUGCUCAAUGGCAAUGUCCAUUACACAGGUGCACCUUGUGCUGGGGACAAUAAAAGGCCACUUUAAAAUGUGCAGUUUUGUCACACAACGCAAUUGGCAUGCUGACUGCAGGAAUGUCCACCAGAGCUGUUGCCAGAGAAUGUAAUGUUCAUUUCUCUACCAUUAGUCGCCUCCAAAGUAAUUGUUGAGAAUUUGGCAGUCCAACCGGCCUCACAACCACAGACCACGCCAGCCCAGGACCACCACAUCCAACCUCUUCACCUGCGGGAUCGUCUGAGGGGGGGAGGGGGUGCUGAGUCAUUCUGAUUGGCUGGGCCCUGGCUCCCCAAUGGGUGGGCCAGGCUCCUAAGUGGGUAGGCCUAUGCCCUCCCAGGCUCACCCAUGGCUGCGCCCCUGCCCAGUCAUGUGAAAUCCAUAGAUUAGGGCCUAAUGAAUGUAUUUCUAUUGACUGAUUUUCUUAUAUGAACUUUAAAUCAGUAAAAAUCUUUUAAAUUGUUGCAUGUUGCGUUUACAUAUUUUUUCAGUGUAUUUUGGAAACCACUCACUUUAACCAAAUCAUAUGGUAUAAACAAAAAAGUAGUUGGUCUCCUGCUACAUUUGUAAAUUAGUAUUGUACACUACCGGUCAAAAGUUUUAGAACACCUACACAUUCAAGGGUUUUUCUUUAUUUUUACUAUUUUCUACAUUGUAGAAUAAUAGUGAAGACAUCAAAACUAUGAAAUUACACAUAUGGAAUCAUGUAGUAACCAAAAAAGUGUUAAACAAAUCAAAAUAUAUUUUAUAUUUGAGAUUCUUCAAACAGCCACCCUUUGCCUUGAUGACAGCUUUGCACACUCUUGGCAUUCUCUCAACCAGCUUCAUGAGGUAGUCACCUGGAAUGCAUUUCAAUUAACAGGAGUGCCUUCUUAAAAGUUCAUUUGUGGAAUGUAUUUCCUUCUUAAUGCGUUUGAGCCAAUCACUUGUGUUGUGACAAGGUAGGGGGGUAUACAGAAGAUAGCCCUAUUUGGUAAAAGACCAAGUCCACAUUAUGGCAAGAACAGCUCAAAUAAGCAAAGAGAAAUGACACUCCAUCAUUACUUUAAGACAUGAAGGUCAGUCAAUACGGAACAUUUCAAGAACUUUUAAAGUUUCUUCAAGUGCAGUCGCAAAAACCACCAAGCACUAUGAUGAAACUGGCUCUCAUGAGGACCACCACAGGAAUGGAAGACCCAGAGUUACCUCUGCUGCAGACACUGUCUGUGAUUUAUUUAGAAUUCAAGGCACACUUAACCAGCAUGGCUACCACAGCAUUCUGCAGCGAUACGCCAUCCCAUCUGGUUUGGGCUUAGUGGGACUAUCAUUUGUUUUUCAACAAGACAUUGACCCAACACACCUCCAGGCUGUCUAAGGGCUAUUUGACCAAGAAGGAGAGUGAUGGAGUGCUGCAUCAGAUGACCUGGCCUCCACAAUCCCCCGACCUCAACCAAAUUGAGAUGGUUUGGGAUGAGUCGGACCGCAGAGUGAAGGAAAAGCAGCCAACAAGUGCUCAGCAUAUGUGGGAACUCCUUCAAGACUGUUGGAAAAGCAUUCCAGGUGAAGCUGGUUGAGAGAAUGCCAAGUGUGUGCAAAGCUGUAAUCAAGGCAAAGGGUGGCUAUUUGAAGAAUCUCAAAUAUAAAAUAUAUUUUGAUUUGUUAAACUUUUUUGGUUAAUUCAUGAUUCCAUAUGUGUUAUUUCAUAGUUUGUUGUCUUCACUAUUAUUCUACAAUGUAGAAAACAGUAGAAAUAAAGAAAAACCCUUGAAUGACUAGGUGUUCUAAAACUUUUGACCGGUAGUGUACAGUGAGUGGAUUUACAUUUACUAUGUUACGUCUAGUCUAUGAGACCAGGCUGUGAUUACGGAUCAUCCUGAAUGAAUCAUGAAUAACGAUGAGUGUGAAAGUUACUGACUCACAAAUAUCAUACCCCCAUGACAUGCUAACCUCACACCAUUACAAUAACAGGGGAGGUUAGCCUUUAUGGGGGGGUAUGAUAUUUAUGCCUCUGUAACUUUCUCACUCAUCAUUAUUCACGAUUAAUUCAGGAUUAUCCGUAGACAUGGUAGCAUUCACAUUAAUGUAGAAGUGUUUAGAAACAUAUUCUAUUCUUAUUUACAAUAAAAGCAACUCCAAAAUGACACAAUACAUUAUUUACCUUUAAUUUCUAUUGGGCACCAAAUAAUCUGAAACGCAACCAAAACAAAUAGCAAAUGCAUCCAACAAAUUUGUAGAGUCACAAGCUUGAUGUAUGUCAUUCAUUGCGUACUAUGAAUAUGGGUCGAAAUACAUAACCUUUUACUAUUUUAGUACACAUAAGUGAAUUUGUCCCAAUACUUUUGGUCCCCUAAAAUGGGGGGCUAUGAACAAAAAGUGCUGUAAUUUCUAAAGGGUUCACCUGAUAUGGAUGAAAAUACCCUCAAAUUACAGCUGACAGUUUACACUUUAACCUCAUAGUCAUUCUAUCAUUUCAGUACAGAGCCAAAACAACACAAAAUGUAUCACUGUCCCAAUACUUUUGGAGCUCACUGUAUAGUCAGUAUCAGCCCUACUCUUGCUUGCUUGCUUAUGCCGACUAAUGGUAGGCCGUAGCUCUGUCAUAGCUCUCUGUUUUUCAUUGAAGCUGCUACUCUUACGUAUUGUCUAACUCCCUCUCAUUGUCGUGUCUCCACAGUGAUCCCUCUCCUGCUGUUGUUCUGUAAGUGUGGGGGUGCCGGAGGUCUUCCAGGGGGCUUCACUGAGAUGCCCUUUGACGCCAAGGCACAACUCAUCUCCUACCACACUGAGGGACAGGGGGAGAACACGGUAAGAAGGGGAAAGAAGGGUGUGUGUGUGUGCGUGCGUGGUCACAGAUAAUCUUUUGUGUGAAUGAUUCCACUAUGGUCGUAUGUUUCUCGUUGGGGUUAAUGGUCCAAGAUAUCACAGCAAUCUGUUUUAAACCCUCUGACCUCUUACAGGAAGUGCCUCUGCUGAACGCACCAGUUCAGGUCGACACAGGAAGGGUCAAAAUGGCCACCGCGGGAACCAUAGCAGCAACGGCCGGAGGGGCGGGGCUUAUGAUGGUUGGUGGUCAGUUCCAGAACUCCUCCUCCACGAUGGGGGGGGGAUUCUACCACUCAGACGGCCGUAUGGAGCUGGGAUAUAUGAAUGGAGGAGAGAUGAUUGGCCAGGAGCAAGGAGGGGCCUUUUACUCUGAGUAUGAGAGCAGAGAGGGAGGAGGAGCCUAUGAAGGCAUCGCCCUGCCUGAUCACUACCUGGAGGAGUACUACUCUCAGGUGAGGAGGCAGAAAAUAGAUCCACCCUCUGACAGUCCGGUCAGGGGAUUGUGCAUCAACAUGGAGUAGGGAGCACAAAUAGAAAUACAGUGUCCAUACAUGAAAGGUUGUGUGUAUAAAAAACUGGUAGAAUAGAUGGGUUGGUUGUUUAGCAACAAAACCGACACGUGCACAACUAUGGGGAAAAACAGACUGGGUUGGCCUAGAUUGUUGACAACAUGUGAACUAUAUUACAUCUUCAAUGUUAAAUAAUGACAUAAAUACAUUUGCACAAUGAGCACUUGUUGUCUGUCAAAUACAUCAUCGCAGUUGUUGGUUAGCUAGCUAGCAAUUUUUUUGCCAUAUUAGCAUUGACAUGAAAUCAGUCAAAACACCUCAAAACAAGAUGGUAUUAGAAACAAGAUGAAACUAGCUGAAACAAGUCACUUACGAUUCCCCACAUGGCAGUUUCUUGUCAUUAUUGGUAGCUAUCUGGCCAUCCAGAAUCACAAGAACUCACGGACUUCUGCCCCAUUGAAGCGUGCACAUCAUUUUUGUGACGUUGUCAGCUAAACCAUCUAUAUACACUGAAUGUAUGGUGUAUUGAAUGGCGGCAGGUGGCGGAGUUAAGUGAUGUCUGUAUUGUAACGUGUGUCUGUGUGGGUCUAUGUUGUAUUUGCAGAAAGCUCACUGUGCAGCUGAGAACCACGUCCAGAAGGACAGUAUGUUGGUGUAUGACUAUGAGGGUCAGGGCUCUCCUGUGGGCUCGGUGGGAUGCUGCAGCCUCCUGGAAUCUGACAAUGACCUCCAGUUCCUCAAUGACCUGGGGCCAAAGUUCAAGACCCUGGCCGAGGUGUGCCGCGGGGAGAGGUUCCAAACCGAAGUCUCCGCCCCUCCGCCACCCAGACCCGUCAUCUCCAUGCCAACAGCAGCCAGCAGUGUGACGACCAAUGUGGCGUCCAGAGUGGUUUCCGCCGCCCCGGUCCCAGCCCCAGCACCGCCCCCUGCCCCGGCCCAGGUGACACACAUAGAGAGGGCUGUGGUGAGGGAGUCAGAUCGUUCAGAUCGGUCGGCUACUCUGAGGCAGGACAUAGUGGGAGGAAGCCAGGGCCAGACCUUCCUACUGCAGCAGCAGCCUAUGUACUACACCACCAUGCAGCCUAUGAUGCAGCCCAAGAUGCAGCAGAUGCACUAUGUAGUGGAGCAACAGGUUCCCAACAUGCAGGGCAUGAUAAUGGUCAACGGGCCUCCGUCAGGCUCGGCCCAGGGCCUGGUGCUGCAGGCGCAGCAGGUGGUGACCGGUACCCAGGCUCAGGGCACCCUUGGCAGGGGAGAGGGAGGCAUGGUGGUGUUGGAGAGGAGUGGGGCUGGAGGCCACGGAGGGUUGGAGGGAGGCCUGAUCCAUAUAGGGAACAUGUCUGGUUCUCAGGGUAUGAUGGUGGUGGAUGGUCCGGUGAUGCAGGGGGGGCAGAUGCUGCAAGGUGGGCAAAUGCUGCAGGGGGGGCAAGUUCUUCAGGGAGGGCAAGUUCUUCAGGGGGGGCAGUUGGUACAAGGGGGUCAGGUCCUUCAGGGGGGUCAGGCCUGGCUGCAACAGGGGGGCUCCCUGCAGCGAGGGGGCUUAUCAGGGUCACAGAGCAUGCUGGUGAUUGAGGGACAGGGGGGUAGCAGCAGAGGUAGUGGGUUGCAGAAAGUCCAGGGAGGGGUGUCAGGGUUCUCCCAGGGGUCCAAGCAGAGGAGCGGCCUCUCUGGCUCACACAGAGUCCUCUACACCACAGAGCAGAGCUCAGCCGCAGAGUCCAGCGCAGGCUCACAGAGCGGCAUUGUGGGAUUGAAUGGGUCCUCCAGCAGUGUCAGUAAAAGCCCCGCCUCCUCCACCCGCAAGGUGGUGAUAGAGAAGAGAGUUGUGACCAAUCAGAGCAGCAGUAAAUAA